AUGGUGUUAGGAAUUGUGCUCCUGUGCCCUGCUCUUCUUCAUCCAGAGUCUGUUCCCGAUAAAUACAAGGCUAUUUUCAAGGCCUAUGAGGAGAACUGGACUGGUUCUCCAUUGCAGGACGGCGAGAGCCACAAUGGUGGCACCAACCAGCGGGCCAAUCCAUACGCCUUCCCAUGCCUUCAUCCUGGGAUCUCUCGUCCUCCCCCAGUAUACCAGGCUAUCUGCGAGGCAGAUCUAGUUCGAGAUGAUUCAACUAUCUUCAAGUAUCAGCUAGAUAAAUUCGGGCACGCCCCAUUACUUCUGGCUGUUCCCACAACUGCAUAG